UGUUUGUAUAAAAUACAUCGAAAGGCCAGGUUACUUAUUUUAAAGAUGGCGGCGCUUGCGUAAAUGCACACAACUCUCUCAAAGAUGGCGAGUCGAGCAAUUUGCGCCUUACUUCUUGAGAAUCACCAUGUUGCUUCCAUGACUCGAUGUGCUGUUUCUCCUAAUUCAGGAGCCAUCAGCAGAUGUUUGCUUGGCCAAAGACACUACAAGAAACAAAGGGCUGGAUUUGCUACUCUUGCUGACUCUGAGAAAGGUUUACCCAGAAAGGAGCUGGAAUACUCUAACAUCUUGCUAAAAGUCGAAGGCCAAGAUGCAGCUGUCCUUGAUCACUACUGCCAAUUUGUGAAAUCCUCCGGCCAUGUUCUUGGUCUGAAGACAACAAAGCAGUUUAACUUGCCAACAGAAGCCUACAAACAGGUCCUUGCAAAUCUACCAGACAGUUACAAAAAACAUAGAGUUCAGUACGAGUUCAAGAAGUAUGGCCGGAUGAUGCAGAUUAAAUUGCUUCCAGUAGAGCAGGCUGAUAUCUGGCUGGAGUACAUUCAACAGAAUAUACCAUCAGGUGUCAAUGUGCACAUCGAGUUGAAAACGUGGCAGGAUUAUGUGUCACCCCCAGAUCCAAGGAUUGAAGAGCAGCGUAGGGUAGAGAUGCUGAGAAAGAAAGGAAUUUUUAAUAAAGAGAAAUCUGAAUGAUGGGCGAAUCCCAGAUGUUGAACAAAUUGAUAAAUCGUGUGGCAUGUUGCAAAGCUCCUCUUAUAGGGAAAGACUAUAAAUCCAAUAUAAAGGUUAAUAAACAAAUAAACAAGCAUUAUUUUAUUUA